CUUACUUUCCCUUUUCACGUUGGCAAUGUACCUUUACUGUUUUAUUUUCUUUCUGCUCUUCAUAAUAUUUAUAAUUUCAAAAAUUAUAUCACCAAAACGAAUUAAUAUUCAAGGAAAACAUGUUCUGAUAACUGGUGGUUCAAGUGGUAUUGGUAAAGCUCUUGCUAUUGAAGCAGUUAGACAUGGAGCUAAUGUCACAAUCAUUGCCAGAAAUGAGAAAAGGUUGGAAGAAGCGAAACAAGAGAUAGAAAGUCACAUCAAAGAUAAAAGUUCACAGAAGGUCUUUGCAGUAUCUGUGGAUAUAACCAAGGAUGCAGAUAAAGUGAAGAAGGCUGUGAGUAAGGCAGAGAAGGAUCUGGGACCUAUCACCAUUCUUAUCAACAAUGCAGGGAGUGCUAUAGCUGGAAGAUUUGAAGAAACAUCCAUAGAGCAAUUUCAGCGCAUGAUAGAUUUGAAUUUCCUGGGAAGCGUGAAUGUCACCAAGGCUGCCAUUAAAGGCAUGAAAGAAAACAAUGAAGGGAGGAUAGUGUUUAUUUCUUCUCAGGCAGGACAAGUGGGUGUGUUUGGAUACACUGCAUAUUCUGCAUCAAAGUUUGCUCUAAGGGGAUUUGCAGAAUCUCUCCAAAUGGAGGUAAAGCCAUACAAUAUCUACAUCACUAUGGCAUUCCCUCCGGACACAGAUACACCAGGUCUAGCGGAGGAAAACAAGUCAAAGCCCAAAGAAACCUUACUCAUCUCAGACACUGUAGGUCUUUUCUCACCCAGUUAUGUGGCCAAAUCAGUCUUUAGGGAUGCCUUGAAUGGAAGGUUCCUGAGUUAUGUAGGUAUGGAUGGUUGGUUGCUAAGCAACCUGUCCAGUGGAAUGUCUCCUGCUACCUCGGUUGUGGAUUUACUUCAACAGGUAUUUGCAAUGGGGAUCUUCCGUUUCGUUUGCCAGUUCUACUUGUUCCAUUUUGACCGCAUCAUACGGAAGUGUAAAGAAGAAAAAGAUUCCAAAUUAAAAUCAUCCUAGAAUAUUUUUAUGAAUUUUAUAUGAAUGUGUUAAUAUUAGAACAAUAAAGAUAAUUGAAUUCAUUAUCCCAGUAGAAUAAAAAAUAAAAUGCAUUUGCCUAUAUAGGGAUGUCAUGUACAUUAUUACAAUUUACUUCUUAGAUAAAAACAAAGUCCCUGUGACUGCAAAGUUCUGACAUACAUGUAUGUUAUUUAUUGAAACAAUAAGCUUGUAUUUACUUUAUACAAAUUACAAAUUUUGAUACGUUUUUAUUCAUUUUUAUAGGAAAAUAAAAAAAAUGUCAUCAUAGUAAACAGCAUUUUGAGGUCUUUUUUGAUAUCUACCAAAAAUUUUUGACAGUUUCUACAAGAAAUAUGCUUCAGUCAUGCACAGUAUCCUUCACAAAUGUGUCCCUGUGACCCUAAGUAACUUUAUUAGAAUUCAGAGUCAUCAUGAAAAAAAUUAUCUCUCCCCCCCCCCCCCCCCAAUGAGUACAUACAGUCUGGCAAUCUCCCUUGCAGAGUUGUCGUUCUUUCCUCUCUCAGACACCUCUGCAAUGGGCUCGCAUCAAAAUUUUUGACAUGUUAAGGUAAAACACGAUAUUCCAAAGAUUAUAUCAAAUUAAACUAAUAGUUCUAGAUCUACUUAGUAAAUAUCUACCAUAAAAGACAAACAACAGUGCAGGAAUUUAAUUACAGUGACUCAUCACUGUGAUAUAUGUGAGCCAGCGACAAAGGUGAAUGUAUGAGCUAAUGGUAGAAAAUGAUAGUCUGGAUCUAAGCUAAGAAAAUUAGUAGAUUUGCCAGGCUUGUUGUUAUCCAAUUAUUUCCUCACCCUUCCUAUCUAACCCAUGAAUUUCUUAUCUUCUUUUUUACCAGUAUAUCCCUUCAUCAUUCACUUCUUCUACAUAUACUUCCUGGCCCCAAGACUGUAAAGUGAAAAUGAACUUAAGUCAAAAUUUCAAAUCAAUACAAACUUUUGAAAUAAUUUGAUACUCAAAGAAUUUUUUUUAUUGGGUGUAAUUUUUGAUAUAAUACAAAUGUGCAAGUUUUUUUUCACACAUAUGUACAAUAUAAAAAAAAAAGAUUCUCAGAAUCAAAAUUUUGACAUGAGUCAGUUUAUCAUCUUGGGGCCUGCCCUCCUCUUUUAACAUACCCCCAUAUGUCAAGUUUCACCAAUAAAAAUUCAUUUUCAGUUUUUUUUUACAAGUUUGGUGUAACACAAAUUUAUGAACAUUGUACCUAUUGAAAACCCAAAAUAUUGAUUAAAAUGUAAUAAUUGGACAUAAAGGUUUGUAACAGA